AUGGUUUCAGAAAGCGGGGAUAGCUCAGUUGGGAGAGCGUCAGACUGAAGAUCUGAAGGUCGCGUGUUCGAUCCACGCUCACCGCAGAAGAAUGAAACUGUUUUGUUUUCUUAAAUGUCUUGAGCAUUCCUAGGGUUUCAAAAGAGGAUUUGCCUCCUUAUAUGACGAUCGGACAGCUUUUUCUGGUUGCUGGCGACUCGAUGAAACUGAAAGGAUGCAGCUUCUUGAAAGGUCUGGAAGUCGGCCUUUUUUCGUGGAAUUCAUUCAAUUUGCCUAGAUUAUGUAAAUUCGCAGUAGCACAAGCGAUCUUUCCUGGUGUGUGUUUGUUAAAUAAAAUGGGGAAAGAAUCGACCUUGGGAAUCAGAGUCAUAGGAAACACUCAUAGUGGAAACAUCAAUAGUAAAGACUAAUAUAUCAUGACAUUUGAAAUUUAUAGAAGGGAUUUUGAGUGGCUCAAUUCCUACUCUAAAUCAUUGCUUGCUUUGUAAGUGUCGCUUCCAGUCAGUCCUGAGAGUACUGACAUAUACAUCAACAGCAUUCAGAACCCAAUUCAUGCUUCCUUGGUGGCCAAAUAAUUGGUUGCCUUUCACGGGUUGCUUCACGGGCUUCAUAUCAAAAACCACUGGAAUCACUCGCCAAAUAAGCCAAAAAUGUGAGUAAUUGCCCAGUUGUCGUGACAUGCUUCUGUCUGGGCCAGCAUUUGAACUUGUUUCCAUCAAAUUAAUGGCCAGGUAAGGUAAAUUUACCCAUAACCAUCUGUUUAUUUGGGCAUCAUCUUUUUGCUUGUUAUGCAAAUAACUUUCACCCUCUGGUUCUGCUGCUUGGAAGUGAAGUGGUUACUACUUACUAGUAAGGUUGAUGUGAAAGGGGUUUAAAAUAAUGAACGGCACAUCAGGCGGUGAAACUCCAAGAGGGUGUAUGUGCCCAAAUGCCAAUUUGCCAAAAUGUUGCUUUUGCUUGCAAUCUAAUAGUUCACAUGUUUAUGUAAACUUAAAUUGACACAGUAACAAUUUGCUAUUAUCAUAAUAAACUACUCUCUUGCUUACCUUGUAAAUAUUUUGUUUGUUCAUUUAUACUAUAAUUAAUUAUAACAAAUUAUUAUGAUUCCAUAACUGCAUUAUAUAAUGUUUGUGGGUAUAUAAAUAGACCUCCUAGUUAUUCCCAAAUCAAAGCCAAGUAAAAUGGAUAUGCGAACAAAAGAAUUUCUUCUUGCUAUUUUAUGCAGCUUCCUCCCAUUUCUCGUUCAGUCUCAAUGCAACAGAAGUCCGGUGGUGUUCACCUUUGGUGACUCCAACACUGACACUGGUGCAUAUUUUUCUGGCCUGGGUAUGAUUUUUGGAGCUCCCAACGGACGCACAUACUUCAACAGGCCAUCUGGCCGGUUAUGUGAUGGACGUUUGAUUAUUGAUUUUCUGUGUGAAAGUUUGAACUCUGAUUACUUGACACCAUAUCUUGAACCUCUAGGAGCAAAUUUCAGAUAUGGAGCUAAUUUUGCCUUUAGUGGUGCAGCAACUUCUCCUAGAUUCAAACCUUUUAGCUUGGAUGUUCAAGUACUUCAGUUCAUUCACUUUCGAAAUCGCUCUCCAGAGCUAAUAUCCAAAGGUACAUUGAUUUUGAUAUAUAUAAAAUUCCAAAUUUGUAUUCCCUUUGAUACAAAUAAUAUAAAUAGAGUCUUAUGUACUCUGGUUUUAGGCUACAGAGACUUGGUUAGCGAGAAAGAUUUCAAAGAUGCACUUUACAUAAUGGACAUUGGACAAAACGAUCUGGCCGGUUCAUUUGAACAUCUGUCGUAUGACGAAGUUAUAGAAAAAAUACCAUCCAUCAUCGAUGAAAUCGACUAUGCUAUCCAGGGGAUAUAUCAGCAUGGAGGGAGGAACUUCUGGGUACACAAUACAGGGCCUCUGGGUUGUUUGCCCCGAGAACUUUCCAUAACUGAGAAGAAAGAAAGCGAUUUUGAUGAACGUGGGUGCCUAAAACAUCUUAAUGAGGCAGCUAAGGAAUUUAAUAAGCAGCUGAAAGCAUUAUGUGAAAAACUUAGAUCAGACUUGGAGGAUAGCACCAUGGUCUAUGUGGAUAUAUACUCCAUCAAGUACGACCUAUUUGCCAAUGCUGGUACCUACGGAUUUGAGAAUGCAUUAAUGGCGUGCUGUGGGUAUGGAGGAGCGCCAUACAACUAUAAUAGGAAUGUUACGUGCGGGGUAAGGGGUCACAACGUGUGCGAGCAAGGAUCAAAAUAUAUAAGCUGGGAUGGAGUUCAUUACACUGAAGCUGCCAAUGCUAUUGUGGCCUCCAAAAUACUCUCCACCAAUUUCUCUACUCCUCAAAUCAAGUUUAAUUGCUUUUGUAACAAAUGAAAAAAUUAUUUUAAAACUUCAUUGCUAAACCCGCCUUUUGUUUGAAAUGAAUGAUUGUGAAAUUUGCUUCCAA